GAUUCGAUCUUCCAAUGGCUACGGACGAAGAUAUGAUCACGAGGAUCUCUAUAGAGCCUGAGAAGCAAUCACUUCUCGAUCAUCACACCGAGAAACACUUCACCGCCGGAGAAGUCGUCCGUGACAUCAUCAUCGGCGUCUCCGAUGGUUUAACCGUUCCUUUUGCACUCGCCGCCGGACUCUCCGGUGCUAAUGCCUCUUCUUCCAUCGUACUCACCGCUGGUAUCGCUGAAGUCGCAGCCGGUGCUAUCUCCAUGGGACUCGGCGGGUACUUAGCGGCCAAGAGUGAAGCGGAUCAUUACGCGAGAGAGAUGAAACGAGAACAAGAAGAGAUCGUGGCCGUUCCUGAGACUGAGGCAGCUGAGGUGGCAGAGAUUCUGGCACAGUAUGGAGUAGAGCCACAUGAAUAUUCACCUGUUGUUAAUGCUCUUCGUAAGAAUCCUCAAGCAUGGCUUGAUUUUAUGAUGAGGUUUGAGCUGGGAUUAGAGAAGCCAGAUCCAAAGAGAGCGUUACAAAGCGCGUUCACGAUUGCAAUCGCUUAUGUUCUUGGCGGUUUAGUACCGCUAUUUCCCUACAUGUUCAUACCACAAGCCUUAAAUGCGGUAGUGGCGUCUGCGGCUAUAACUCUGAUCGCUCUCUUCAUAUUUGGCUAUGCAAAAGGGCAUUUCACCGGCAGCAGACCCUUUAGGAGUGCGUUUGAAACCACUUUUAUAGGAGCGAUAGCUUCAGCAGCUGCUUUCUGUUUGGCUAAAGUGGUGCAACAUUAAUCGUAGCAAACAACUGAUGUUGCGUUUAAUGUUUUAAAUUUGAGACUUGUUUGUUGCAUUUAAUGUGGCUGUUAUCACGGGGAAAGGAAAACUUAUUGCGACAA